GCGUUCGUUAGUUUCAUGCCCCUACAAGCUAUAUUGAGUUUUAUUUUAAACUAAAAAUAAAAAGAUCGUAAUUACAGAUUGAAAAUGUCGUUCGUAAUAAAUACAACGAUAGAUAAAAAUCAAGAGCUUUUAAAUGCUUACAGAGAGUUAUAUGAAAGCAAUGACCCGAAAGAUGUUUUCUUGAUAAGUAAAAACACUUUUGUUCCUGUUAAUUCUUUUGCUUUAGCAUUGAGUUCAGAUUUCUUGAAAACCUUGUUAAGUGAAAAUCAACGAGAUACAGUUAACAUCAUAAUAGAUGAUGUCGAUCCAGAGAUAUUAAAGAAACUUGUGGAGUACAUUUAUUUUGGUUGGAUCAGUUUGGAUUCAAAAUACAUGUCUGACUUCAUUGAAGCUUGCAACCUGCUGCAGUUAAAGGCAACAAUAUCAUGUGAGCGUAAACUUGUAUUUAACAAAGUACAGAAAACCUCAUGUCCUGCAAAAUUCACAUCUACUCCUAUUCGAUCAAAUACUGCUAAAGAGAACAAUCUUGACUCCCUUAUUGAAGACCUUGAGACACAAGAAGAAAAUGUUGAAUAUACUUUGAAACAAGAAGCCGACCAGGAGUCUGGACAAAUACUGGAAGUCUAUGAAAUAUCAAACAUUGAUGAUACAGAGAACAAUUAUGAAAUGGCUGAUGAAAAUGAAGAUAUUAGCGAAGAACAAUAUGAACUUCUUAAUGUUGUCUCUGAAGCUAAAGAUGAGCCUUUAGUAAUGCAGAGUGUUUUAAAAACAAAGAAAGAGAAGUUAGAUCGGGAACCGCAUGACAUUAAGCAACGUUCACCCCCAAAGAAUCCAGACGAAAAAAUUGUAAAUGAAGCUAUCAAAGAGAUUUUAAAUAAUUCAAGCAGUUUCCGAACAGUAUCUGAGAAAUAUCAAAUUCCUAAAACCUUGUUAUGGCGUCGAGCAAAGAAACUUGGCUACGUUAAAAGUGAAAAACAGAAAGAUCCUUUACGUCUGCAAGCCAUUGAUGCUAUUAAACGAGGAGAAAGCUUGAUAAGUUUGUCAAAGAAAUUCAAUAUACCGAUUUCUACACUCCAUCGGGAAAAAUUGAAGCUUUAUGAGAUGGGCCAACUUCCUGAAAGUGUCAAUUUCAAGAACCGUUCUCGAGGGGAGGAUUAUGAAGAUCGUUUGCGUGUAGCAAUUGCGGAAAUAUUAAAUGGAAAGAGUCAAAAUGAAGUUGCAAAGAAAUAUAAUAUUCCCAAAACCACAAUUUGGAGAAUCAUCAAGAAAGUAAAUCCUGAGUACAAAUCAGCAGGUCAAACUCUAACUCCUGAUUCAGAAAUCGUCGAAAAUUUGAUAGCAUUGAGCAAGAAACGUUCUGUUAAAGAUAAAAAUUAUAAAGAUAAAUUUGACGACGAUGAAGAUGAUGAUGAUGAGAAAUUUAACGAACUUAGUUAAGAAUUUUAUCAAUUUAUUAUUAAAAUUUUAAGUUAUCUGAAUAAUAAUAAAAAGAUAGUUUUAAGAAAAUUUAUAUGAAUGAA